AUGGUCGAUGAUGCCGGCAACGAGCACCCGGCCGAGUGCUUCAACAAAGUUGUCUACAACCUUCAUCCUUCCUUCGAUAACCCCGUUCAGACCUUCACUAAGCCCCCUUACGCUUGUAAGAACGAGGGUUGGGGUGAAUUCGAAUUGACCAUUGACUGCUACUACACGGAAAAGUCCAAGGUCACAGUCGCCCACGACUUGAACUUCCAACAGAAUGUCUACGACGUCGUGCGACCCGUCUCCUUCAAGAACCCUUCCCAAGCUCUCCAAGAGAAGCUUAGGGAGCUUGGCCCUCUUCCCACGGACGACGACCGUCCCAAGAAGAAGGGAAUCGCAUCCAAGAAAUCAAGCUCUCAGAAGUAUGAUUAUGAAAAGAUUGCCGAUGCAAUGGAGAAGCUCGAGGAAGAUGAUCUUCUUAAGGUGAUUCAGAUCAUCAAUGACUACAAGAGCGCAGAUACAUAUAUCAAGAGCGACAUCGAUGCGGGCGAGUUCUCUAUUGACCUGUACACCAUGCCUGAGAUCCUUACCAAGACUCUCUGGGACCAUCUCUCGAAGAAAGGGCUCGUGAAUUAA